CGCUCUGAUCCCAAUCCUUUUUUUUUUUUUUUUUUUUCGCAUCAUUUCGCAUGGCGGCGUCUGCUGGAUCAUCAUCGGCACAAUCCCAACCGCAGGCGACUGCCUCGACCACGACCACCAGCGGCCCCAGCGGCCCCAGCGGCCCCAGCGUCCUGUUCAACCAAGUGGUGCUGCUGAAUCUGGAUGACGACAGCAAGCAGGACGCCUGGCCGCACGCUGCCCAGCCAAUCUCAUUCUCGCCAGUCUCCGUCCAGAGCGCGAGCUUUUUCACACUCCGAUUGACCCUGCUUGCCGCCCAAGCCCCGCUCGCCACAGAGACCGUCUCCAAGCAGGCCACAACGUCACGGGCUCUGCCGGCGCCGCGCGUUGUUCGGCUGCAGAUCGUGCACGGCGAUGGAACGAUCUUGGACUCGAUCAUGUCGCCAUACACUCAGAGAUGCAAGCUGUCAGCUCGAUCCUGCGUUCUGGGCCUCGCAGAGCGCGCUGUCUCGGUGCGCUUUGCCACCGUGGCCGACUAUGCUCAGUUUGACGAGUACUUGCUCGAGCACCUCGCUACUGCCCGCGACUCAGACUGUGCCGUGGCUCCCGUCAAUCCAGCAACAGCAACUGCAGCAACUGCAGCAACUGCAGUGACUUCUGCCUCGGAGAAUGCCCCUUCUCUGAAUGGCACCGAAGCCGCCUUGUCCGAGUUUGCGAUGCGAACCGAUCGCACGUCCUCGUCGCAGUACUUUCACUACUAUGGCCAGCUUUUGCAGCAGCAAAACAUGCUCCAGGACCUCGUGCGCACGGGCACCUACCAACGCGCCAUGCUCGAGAACGCUGCCGACUUUGAGGACAAGGUUGUUUUGGAUGUUGGUGCAGGCACGGGCGUGCUGUCCUUCUUUGCCAUCCAAGCCGGCGCUCGCAAGGUCUACGCGAUCGAAGCAUCCGCCAUGGCCGACAACACCCGGUUGCUGGUUGAGCGAAACGGCCUGGCUGGGCGCAUCAUUGUCAUCAACGCCAAAGCUGAGGAGGUCGAGCUGCCCGAGCAGGUCGACUUGAUCAUCUCGGAGCCGAUGGGCACGCUGCUGGUCAACGAGCGCAUGCUUGAAACCUACAUUUACGCUCGCAAGUGGUUGCGGCACAAUCCGGAUUUGCCUGCUGGCCAAAGUGGCGACGGGCUUGCAGGCGACGCCAAGUCGUUGCCAAUGUCCACCUCAACCCACACUCUCAACGACGGCGACGGCGACGACGCCAACGAUGACGCCACUGCAGCCAAUGCUGAUACUCAAGCCCCCGCAGCCUCCUCGACGCACCCAUCGGCCAUGUUCCCGUCGAUGGCCUAUCUCUAUUGCGCCCCGUUCGUCGACGAAUACCUCUACAUGGAGCAAUUUUCCAAGACGACCUUCUGGUACCAACCAAGCUUUUACGGCAUCAACGUCAGCGACUUGCACGAGCGCGCCUUGCAAGAGGUGUUUUCGCAACCCAUCGUCGACGCCAUCGAUCCAGCCCUCAUCAACGCCAAGCCAGUGUGCAAAAUCUUCAACUUUGGCUCGGUCGCAACGGAGGAGCUGGUCAACUUUGAAAUCCCCUUCUCGUUCAAGUACGAGACGGCAUCCAUGGUGCACGGCCUCGCUUUCUGGUUUGACGUCUCGUUCAACGGCUCGCAAAGCGUCGUUUGGCUGUCCACCUCGCCCGUGGCGCCUUUGACCCACUGGUACCAGUUCAGGUGCCUGAUGCCGCGACCCGUACUGCUUGCGCGCGGCCAAACCCUCGUCGGCCGUGCCAUUAUGCGGGGCAACAGCCGCCAGAGUUACGAUCUGGAGGUCGAAAUGUCCAUUCUCGAAAUGCCCAACGUCGUGUUGCGCAACCGCGUGAAUGUCAAGGAGCCACUCUACCGUUACACCGGGUCUCCUGUAGCUGCAACGACACAGGCUGCUGUUGCCGCCAGCACCGCUGCAGCAGAAGCGACUGCCGCUGCUGCUGCUGCUGCUGCUGCCGCUGGAAAUGCGAGCUCGCACCCGCCUGCCUCCAUUGUCGGUGACGACGGUCGUUUUAUGGACUUGUCUGAAGAUGACGAUGUGCCGGCAGCAGCGGCAGCGCCAUAAGGAAUGUGUUUUGUGUGUGUGUGUGUGUGUUUUGUUGGCUCUCUUUUUUGGCUUAGGGAAUUGGUUGCAAAAGAAGAUGGUUUAUAUUUGCACA